AGAGAGAGAGAGAGAGAGAGAGAGAGAGAGAGGGAUGGACCGUGGCCAAUCAUCUGCAAGCAGAAUAACUAAAGUAGAGACACAGAGGAGAUUUCAUAGACCCAGUUACUCUCCACAGGCCUAAAAUGCGAGCAUGUCACAGAGGAUGAGCGGAGAUACAGAGCCGGAUAUGAAGAGAGAGGUGAUAAACAGCCGCCAGGUGGUUUAGUCCAUUUAUUAAUCUUAUUCAUUAGUUCGGGUCAUUUCAUAGAUGCGCUAGCGGGUGGUACAGGCCAUCAGCAAGGUUUACACUGCAGCCUGAAACACCUUUUCGUCCUCAAUAUGAUAUCGAAAUCCAAGAUCCUGCAAUAGCGGAGGCUGAGGAGGAACCGGAUUCACGGGACGCGUGAAUUAAACAAUCACCAACACCUCACGUUUCCCACCACCCCACCCCCUCCUCCUUCAUGUGCUCAAACGGAGGUGUGUGGAGGAGAGAGCGAUUUGAGCCCGCAGCCGAUGCCCGGAGAAAACAGCAGCCUGUGUGCAGGCAGCUGUGGACGACAGGAAGGUGGUACCCAAGUGUCGGUGUUUAUUAUCCGGGAUCCGAGUCCGGAGGCGCGUCGGCCGAGGCAUGGGCUGCGCUCCCAGUAUCCACGUCUCUCAGAGCGGGGUGAUCUACUGCCGAGACUCAGACGAAUCCAACUCCCCCCACCAGACCACCACCAUCUCUCAGGGCACCGCGGCCACGCUGCACGGGCUCUUCAUCAAGACCGACGCGGCUGAGACCAUCCCCUCCGUCAUCACCUACCAGAACCGGCACUCGCGCAACAACUCGUACCGGGAUCGCAAGGAGAACAGCGGAGGACACAUCCGCAUCGAGGCCGAGACGCAGACCAGCCACACCAGCGUCAAGGUUUCAGCUACAGAAGAAUGUGUAGGACCUAUGAGACUGACUCAAGAGCCAAUUCAGGUCUUGCUGGUGUUCGCCAAGGAGGACAGCCAGAGCGAUGCCUUCUGGUGGGCCUGCGACCGCGCCGGGUUCAGGUGUAACAUCGCACGGACGCCCGAGUCAGCCGUUGAGUGUUUCCUGGACAAGCACCAUGAGAUUAUAGUCAUUGAUGGACGCCACUCGCGCUACUUUGAGCCUGAAGCUGUAUGCCGGUUGAUCCGCGCCACAAAGCCCUCUGAAAACACAGUUAUUCUAGCCGUUGUGCCACAAAAACCGGCUGACCAGGACGAGCCAUCUGUUCUUCCUCUCCUCUGUGCUGGAUUUAGCAGAAGGUUUGUGGAGAACAGCAGUGUGUCAGCCUGCUACAAUGAGCUCAUACAGAUUGAACAUGGGGAGGUGCGCUGCCAGUUCAAACUCAGGGCUUGUAACUCUGUCUUCACUGCUCUGGACCACUGUCAAGAGGCUGUGGAGAUCACCAGCGAGGACCAUAUAAUACAGUAUGUGAACCCAGCAUUUGAGCGUAUGAUGGGAUACCACAAGGGGGAGCUGAUCGGGAAGGAACUGACUGAGCUCCCCAAGAGCGACAAGAACAGAGCUGACCUGCUGGACACCAUCAACACCUGCAUCAAAAAAGGAAAAGAAUGGCAGGGCAUUUACUAUGCCAGGAAGAAGUCAGGCGACAGUAUACAGCAACAUGUGAAGAUAACACCUGUCAUCGGCCAAGGAGGGAAGAUUCGACAUUUCGUAGCCAUCAAGAGACCUCAUAUUGACAACAAUAAUCAGGUCCACAAGUUCAACAAGGAAGAGAGAUGCAGCGGGGAACAUUCCCAGUCAGAGUGCCAUUCUCUACGUCACCGGGACAGGAGGAAAGAUUCAAUUGACGCCAGAUCGCUCAGCUCUCGUGGUAGUGACGCUCCCAGUUUACAGAAUCGACGAUACUCCUCCGUCGCCAGGAUUCACUCCAUGACUAUCGAGGCUCCCAUCACCAAGGUAAUAAACAUCAUCAAUGCAGCCCAGGAGAGCAGUCCGGUAACGGUAGCCGAGGCUCUGGAUCGCGUGUUGGAGAUCCUGAGAACUACCGAGCUCUACUCCCCUCAGCUCGCUUCCAAAGAAGACGACCCCCACACCAACGACCUGGUCGGGGGGCUCAUGAAUGAUGGGCUGCGGAGACUCUCUGGGAAUGAAUAUGUCUUCUGUAAAAAUAUGAGCCAGAGCCAGCUGGCUAUCCCAGUCACUCUGAAUGACGUCCCUCCAUCCAUCGCCAAGAUGCUGAAUGAUGAGGAGUGCUGGGAGUUCAACAUCCUGGAGCUGGAGGCAGCGACACACAAGAGACCGCUGACUUACCUCGGGCUGAAGAUCUUCACCAGUUUCGGUGUGUGUGAGUUCCUGAACUGCUCGGAGGCCACGCUGCGCUCCUGGCUGCAGCUCAUUGAGGCCAGCUACCACGCCUCUAACUCCUACCACAACUCCACACAUGCCGCAGACGUGCUGCACGCUACUGCCUACUUCCUACGCAAAGAAAGAGUCAAGAGCAGUCUGGACCAGCUGGAUGAGGUGGCGGCGCUGAUAGCGGCCACAGUGCACGACGUGGACCACCCGGGCAGGACCAACUCCUUCCUGUGCAACGCCGGUAGCGAACUGGCGAUCCUCUACAACGACACAGCCGUGCUGGAGAGCCACCACGCGGCCCUCGCCUUCCAGCUCACCGUCCGAGACAGCAAGAGCAACAUCUUCAAGAACACAGACAGGAAUCAGUACCGAACACUGCGACAGGCAAUAAUCGACAUGGUGUUGGCGACAGAGAUGACCCGACACUUUGAGCACGUCAGCAAAUUUGUGAACAGCAUCAACAAGCCGAUGGCUGCCAUAGAAGAGACCAGCACAAGUAGCGUGAACAGCGACUGUGACGGUCAGGCCAACAUCAGGAACUCUCCGGAGAACCGUCUGCUGAUAAAGAGGAUGUUGAUCAAGUGUGCAGAUGUGGCGAACCCCUGCAGACCGCUCGAGCUCUGCAUCGAGUGGGCUGGACGAAUCUCUGAGGAGUACUUUGCGCAGACGGAUGAGGAGAAGAGACAAGGGCUGCCGGUGGUGAUGCCAGUGUUUGACAGGAACACCUGCAGCGUGCCCAAGUCUCAGAUCUCCUUUAUAGACUACUUCAUCACCGAUAUGUUUGAUGCCUGGGAUGCCUUCGCCAGCCUGCCUGGUCUCAUGGAGCACCUGUCAGAGAACUACAAGUAUUGGAAGGGCUUGGACGAGAUGAAGUGUAAGAGCCUGCGUCCUCCACCUCCUUCUUGACCGACUCCUCGUCGCCUCCUCUCAUCCAUCACUCCGAGCAGGGCAGGACAGCGAAUGCAGCCCUGCGGUGGAACAAUUAGUCUCUCCAACUGUGAUUCGACGGAGCUCUGUGCCCUCCCAGGCGCCCCCUCACCCCGGACACAACCCAACGCUGGGCAAUCGGGGACUCUGAGAGCAGACAUCACUGACUGAUGGACACAUGAGAUGCUGUUUCAAUCUCAAAUCACAGCCUCUUUUCUAGCGUAGUUCUCGGUGGAGGUGGUGUUCUGCCAGUGGAGAACAGGUUGUCAUUUGAGGGCCCCGUCGACUCUCUUUUGCCACUUUAUGGCCCUGUUAAGUAUUCCUAAUAGCACCUGUGAGGACCUCGUGGCUCACCUGACAAUCUGUACCAUCCAGUGUAACACACCAGAAACCUGCACUUUAGCUAAUCAAGACAUUUUCAUUUUGAGCUCCCUCUUGCUAUUUUUGCUUUUCACCGUUUUUUCCUUAGUUUUCUCUCAUUCUGCAUCCGUCUGUUGCUGUAAAAGAAACACGGUGAAUCAGAUGGUGACCAAAGCUAGAAGCACUGACUGAAAAUAAGUACCAAGAUGGAUCUGUUCGUGUGUGUGUGUCCUCAAAAGUCCCUUUUUCAAAUCACCAACUUGUGAAGGUGCUCAGCUGGAAUUAUUCAUUUUUAUGAGCUGUGAUACGGUCUACAGUAUGAGAGACACUUUGACUUGUGUCUGGGACCAAAUGCUAAGCAAUCCAUGCCCCUGUUUGGCCACAUACAGAAAGAACUUGUAGGAAAGAUUUAAGGAAGGGCAGAGCUCCAGAGGCGGUUAGCCAAGUACCAGGGUCCAACCAGAAGGGGAGAACCAGCCAGCACACAGGUUUUCUAAAUGUCCAGCCAGGGGACAUCCAAGAAGGGCUUUGUUUGUGAUGAUUGCUGAAUUUAAGGAUCACGUAGCUGGUGGUGAAAUAACUCACCCAAAAAUCUACUGUUAUGAUAUCUUCCUCUGCAUUAAUGUUGUCAGUGAAGAUCUUUGUCAAACUUGUAUGUCAGAACAAAUGGGGGAACAGAAUUGCACUGUAUCAGAGCUGUUUAAGUUAAGCAGUUAUACUUUCAAUGAACAAUAACAUCAGAUGUUACACACUUAGCUUUGUGACACUAACUGUAGACAUUUGCACCCAAAUAAGAAGAAACAAAUCAGACUUGUAGUGUGGCUACACUGACUGUUGUAUGGUGCACAAACUGUGCAAAGCUAGUGUCAAAGUAGUGAGUUGUAAGCUUUGUUGGACCUCACAGAUGUAUGAAGGAGCACCAGAUCCAUGUUUGGAUCCAGCUUGUAAAAACAGCAGCUGCAGAGCCAGCGUCUGCCUGCUUCUAACACUAAUCGGCUCCACUUCUCACAUGGUUUCUGUUAAACCAAUUUCACUGUAUCUCAGAAUCCUGCAACUGCAAUUCACCUUGCAGUCAUUUGGCUCUCUCUUUUUUGGGAGAAAUCUAGCUUGCACAUGAUUUUCAAAUUAUCUGGAUUCAGAGGAAAUAGACUGAAAAGGCCAUCAGAUAAUAUUUGUAUGAUGUGUCUGCCCUCUGGUGGCUACACAGAGGCAUUGCAGUAGUAGUACACAAAAUCUAAUGGUGACUCAUUUGUCAGAUACAAUCUACAGGAAAUUGCAGCACUGUGACUCUGUGAUAUAAAAAACUACGAUUUAUCAAAAGCAGAAUUUCUAAAGAAAACUAUCUGCUUUAAUAUUUGAGAAUUUAACCAGUAUCAUCCCUUAGUGUUUCUUACAUUUUAACACAUGAAGGUGAACCAGUAUUGGAAAGCUAUAUUUCUAGCAGCACACUUAACCCUGCGAUAUUAUUUUAUAAAGGAAAUUGGACUAAAAAUGGCGAUUAGUGGUUAAAUCUGCAGAUGUACAUGCUUCAACUACCUGAGCUGCUUUGGUGAAAUUGUAUAAUUUUAUUAUUAUGUAUUACCGGUUCUAGUCCCACCUGAAUGAUGUUCAUGAGUGACGUAGGAGGACAUCGCUGUGUGUGUACAGUAUGUGUGUGUUUAAUCCAGGAGACGCACAUCGCAGUAUUAACCAAAGGCACAGAGAGCUCUUUACCGGUGCCUUAUUCUUUGGUCAUCUUUACAGAAGAAAAAAAGAGUAUUUUUUGGUUGAAAUAGUUCCUCCUCUCCUCUAAAGAAAAAAAAAACAAAAAACAGUUGCUAGAAAAGCCAUACAUGCUUGAGAUAUUUUUUGAAAAAAAGACUUUAGGUAUGUUGCUUUAAGGUCUGUGCUACAGUUCUGAGUUAACUUGGUGAAUCAGUGUUAAUAGUUGUGUCACAAUGGUCCUGACAUUUUAUCCUUUGUUUCAUACAACUAUGAGGUUUUUAGAGACUGAAUCAGGUGAAGUUGGAUCAGAUGUGAAUUCCACUAUUAUUAUUAUUUCAGUUCACUUUAAAGAGAAAACAGGUCACAUCUAUGUAUUCAUAAUGAUAUGUAGUCAUUUUAUUGAUGACCCAAGGUCUUAAUCAACGCCUUAAUCUUGUCAUGUCUCAGUGUUUAGGUCUGCUAUCGUUGCAAUACACUGUAAACUACCUAAUGUACCUGCUGUUUUUGUAAAUACUCGCCUAAUAUAUCACAUUUGCUUUGCAUUUUACGUAAUUUGCUUAUGUAAACGUUUGUUUUGGCUGUUAUAUGUUGCAGGGGUGUUUUUCCAAAAUCUCUAAAACAAAAUUUAAAUUUUUUUACAGUGACUUGAAACAUGGCUCCACCUCUGAAUGUUUCAUGCUCUCACCGAUCACGAGAAGAUAUUUUUGCUAGUCGAUAAUGAGAGAUUUCUAUUCACAAAGACAAUUUAAAUAUUUCAGAUUUACAUGCCUUUUCUGCGAGCAGCAAUGACUGGAAUGUGACGAUAUCAAUUAGAUCGGAUGACAGCAAGUCGCUUAACGCCUCGCUUGCUUUGAGUCAACUGAGGCAGAACCAGAUUGUAUAACUGCUUGUUAUGUAAUGAUAAGCCUUCAUCACUUACAGUGAUUUCUAUUUCCUCUAUUUCCGACACUGAUGGCCGUGGCUGCGGACAACGUGCCAAUCCUGUGUUGUUUUGUAUCAUUUAUACAGAACAAUAAUUAGAAAGUGAUAAUGUUAUAUACAGUACAAAUUAUUUUUCAAAUAAGAAAAACCAUUAUUGGCCAUGAGAACUGUAAUGUGUAUUUUGAAAGCUUUUACUGCCUCAUGCAUAGUAUUGAAAAGAGCUUUCCAUCAGUCACUUAAAAUGUUUGUUUGAAAAGUUAAAUUUAGUUUGCUCUCUGGAUUAUGAUGUCUUAUUUUGAUGUUCUCUGUCAAACACAGAAAUGUAUUGUGAGAGACAAUUAAAGCAUUCUUUAAAUAUGA